AUGAAUCCCAACGUGUGGAACAUAAAGGAAAUCCUGAACAUCCCAAAUGGAAGCAGUGGAGCCAAAACCAUCAACAGGAAUGCGACUGCCAGUGGCUACUGCAGUUUACCAGACUCACAGUUUCUGUUUGGGUCUCAGCUUUGGCCUGAAAACUCUCAGGUCAUGUCUCAGGAGAUGAGCUUUUCAUCCAGGACCUCUCAACAAAGCUCCCAAGAGGGAAGUGAGCCAAAGUUUUUGAUUAAUUACCACACUAAACCUUUCCUGUUUGGAGGAGAAGGGAAGGACAAAAUGGGUGUACAAAAGCCUCUUGGAAUGCUGGAUAGGUUUGAGGAAGACAGGAAAAAGGCAAAAGAAAAAAGUGAAAGUGACACUCUCACCAAGGAAAUUAUACAUCUUAAAGAAAUGCUUAACAAUAUACAACAGAGGAGCAUUGGGACGGAGGAGAAUACUGCUGUAUGCAAAACAAUCCUUGAAGGAUUUAAUAAUUUUGAAACAACACUGCAGAAAAAUCUUGCCAGUAUUCAGACUGGCAUUUCAGAGCAGUUUGAGACAAUGCUGACCAGAGUGAGCACCCAGAAACAGAUGCUGACAGAAAUGGAGGAGAAAAUACACAAGACUGGAGUGGCUACCACAGAGCUGGGUUCCCAUGUGUGUAACAUAAAGAACAGUCUGGAAGCUGUGAUAGAAGAACAAGGAAGAGAGCAAAACAUGCUCAACAAGGCCCUGAACCUGCUUAGUACUUUAGUCUCAAAGUAUUCAACCAAGUCUGGCCCCAUUACCAUGUCAGACAGAGCAAUCCAGACCUCACCAGGGUUGGAAAAGCAGUUCUCCAUCAUCCAUCAGGACAACAUGCUCCUAUGCAGACAGCCAACACCACGCAAGCCCAAGUGCAGUGAAGCUGAAGUUCCCUUUCAGAACAGCUGCUUUACAAGAAAGCGCAAAUCCACUCUGGUGGCUCAAAGGAGGUGCAGGAAGAGGCCACUGUUGCUAUCACAAAGGAGCACAGGCACUAUCUGCGAUGAAAACUGUCAGCCUGUAUCCCAUAACAUCCAACAAAAAAUAGUCUCAACACCUCUCAAGCAGCUUCAUGAUCUGGACAGGGGGGCCAAGGUCCAUACGUCUACAGGGGCGUUCCUCAGCCCUCUGAGCUGUUGGUCCCAGGAGAGUAACAGCCCCACCAAAGUUAAACCCAGCUCACAGAAAUUGUCAGCUGAGACUGACAACCAAGGAAACGUCAAAGGUUUGUGGCACUGGCUUGACAUAAACUCUGAUUCUGAUUGA